AUUAGCAGAUUCCACCGUGCAUCUGUCUAAACUUCAAGGACCAGAUCAAGUUACAUUUAUUUAAUGACCGUAAUAGGGACAAUAAAGAGAGGGUACACAGGGAACACCUAUCUAAUCACCUAUAUCUAUCCCAUGUUUUCCGUAAGUAUUCAAGUAUCAGUCACUUCCAAGCACAGAAUUUUCCAGUAGGUCAUUACUAGUUCAGGGACUAGACAAGAUUGCUCUAAAAGCUAUGAAACAUGUUGCUUAAAUGGUACAUUUUUUAUGAACCAGGAACACUUCCUUUAUAGUGAGUCAUUGAUGCUGACGUUCCUGUGUAGGCUAACCAGAAGCCUUUUUGUAGUUCAACAAAAAUAUGAAUGUAUCAUAAUGGGCCAGGAGGUCUCAGUGGAAGCUCAGCAAAGUGGCACGUGAUAAGCAACAAUUGCUACUAGUACAUCUUACGCUAAACUAUAGACCCACACGGCACCAUCAUGUUUUAUCAUCUUCCAAAAACCCAAUGGGGAUGGUGUGCAUUUAAGAGGCCCGGGAGAAGAAAGAACUCUCCUUCCAUCCGCUUAUUCUGGGAAAGGCUCCUGUGGUAUCUGUAGCAGGUUAUGUUCGUUUGAGACUGCGGGGAUCGCCUGGUGUCACUAGCCUUCUGCUGGUGCUGGAGUUGGCUGUCUGCCUUCUUGCCAUGUCUAACGAAGUAGAAACGAGCACAACUAAUGGUCAGCCUGACCAACAGGCUGCACCAAAAGCACCGUCGAAGAAGGAAAAAAAGAAAGGCUCUGAAAAGACAGAUGAGUAUCUUUUGGCCAGAUUCAAAGGUGAUGGUGUAAAAUAUAAGGCCAAGCUGAUUGGCAUUGAUGAUGUGCCCGAUGCAAGAGGGGAUAAAAUGAGCCAAGAUUCUAUGAUGAAACUAAAGGGAAUGGCGGCAGCUGGUCGGUCUCAGGGACAACACAAACAAAGGAUCUGGGUCAACAUUUCCCUUUCUGGGAUAAAAAUAAUUGAUGAGAAAACUGGGGUAAUAGAGCAUGAACACCCAGUAAAUAAAAUUUCUUUCAUUGCCCGUGAUGUGACAGACAACCGGGCGUUUGGUUAUGUGUGUGGAGGAGAAGGCCAGCAUCAGUUUUUUGCCAUAAAAACAGGACAACAGGCUGAGCCAUUAGUUGUUGAUCUUAAAGACCUCUUUCAAGUUAUCUAUAAUGUAAAGAAAAAGGAAGAAGAAAAGAAAAAGAUGGAAGAAGCCAACAAGGCAGUAGAGAAUGGGAGUGAGACCCUCCUGACCCUUGAUGACCAAGCUAACAAACUAAAAUUGGGUGUUGACCAGAUGGAUUUGUUUGGGGACAUGUCUACACCUCCUGACCUAAAUAGUCCAACAGAAAGCAAAGAUAUCCUGUUAGUGGAUCUAAACUCUGAAAUCGACACCAAUCAGAAUUCUUUAAGAGAAAAUCCAUUCUUAACAAAUGGCAUUACCUCCUGCUCUCUUCCUCGACCAAAGCCUCAGGCAGCUUUCUUGCCUGAAAAUGCCUUUUCUGCCAAUCUCAACUUCUUUCCCACCCCUAAUCCUGAUCCUUUCCGUGACGAUCCUUUUGCACAGCCAGACCAAUCGACACCCUCUUCGUUCGAUUCUCUCAAAUCUUCAGAUCAGAAGAAAGAGAAUUUGAGUAGUUUGUCUCCUCCACUGAGUAACGGGCCCCUGAAUGGGGAUGUUGAUUACUUUGGUCAGCAGUUUGACCAAAUCUCUAACCGGACUGGCAAACAGGAAGCUCAGGCAGGCCCGUGGCCCUUUUCAAGUACGCAAACACAGCCAGCAGUGAGAACUCAAAAUGGGGUAUCUGAAAGAGAACAGAACGGCUUCCAUGUCAAAUCCUCCCCGAACCCUUUUGUGGGAAGCCCUCCCAAAGGACUGUCCGUACCGAAUGGCGUAAAGCAGGACUUGGAAAGCUCUGUCCAGUCCUCACCACAUGACUCCAUAGCCAUUAUCCCACCUCCACAAAGUACCAAACCAGGACGAGGCAGAAGGACUGCUAAGUCUCCAGCAAAAGACUUGCUUGCAUCAGACAUCUUUACCCCUCCUGUCUCCGAACCUCCCGGCCAGACAUCACCUACAGGACAGUCUGCAACCCUACAGACCAACCCUCUGGAUCUCUUCAAAACAAAUGCUUCUACCCCAGUGGGACCCCUUGCAGGUCUAGGUGGUAUACCAGUUAGUCCCCCUCAGGCAGGACCAUGGAACCCAACAUCUUUAGUCUUCAAUCAGUCCACGUCAGUGGUCCCGGGAGCCAUGAUGAGUGGUCAGCCUUCAGGAUUCAGUCAGCCAGUUGUUUUUACCACAAGCCCAGGUGUUCCAAGUUGGAAUCAGCCGUCAUCCUUUGCAGCUUCAACUUCCCCUCCAGGCCCUGUUGUUUGGGGCCCGUCAGCCUCUGUGGCACCCAAUACUUGGUCAUCAACAAGCUCUUUGGGGAACCCUUUCCAGAGCAAUAUUUUUCCAACUUCUGCUAUGUCUUCCCAGCCCCCUCCUAUGCUCUCCUCUCUCCUGGUCACUCCUCCUCAACCACCUCCCAGAACUGGCCCUCCAAAGGACAUCUCCAGUGAUGCCUUCACUGCCUUGGACCCACUUGGGGAUAAAGAAGUGAAAGAGGUGAAAGAAAUGUUCAAGGACUUUCAACUUCGGCAGCCACCUGCUGUGCCUGCAAGGAAGGGAGAGCAGACUUCCUCUGGGACUUCAAGUGCCUUCUCCAGUUAUUUCAACAGCAAAGUUGGCAUUCCUCAGGAGAAUGCAGACCAUGAUGACUUUGAUGCUAAUCAACUGUUGAAAAAGAUCAAUGAACCACCAAAGCCAGUUCCCAGACAGGGUUCCCUGCCAGUUACCAAAUCUGCUGACAAUGCAUUUGAGAACCCUUUCUCUAAAGAUUCUUUCAGUUCAUCACAAGCCUCUAUGGCUUCUCAACCCACAUCUCCUGAUGUAUAUAGGGAUCCUUUUGGAAAUCCUUUUGCCUAACUUCUGAACUUGAUAUGCUGACUAUCCAGAGGAACAAAAAGGUUGGCCUUAGUCAAGGACAAAGCUAAUAUCCAGAUGCCUUGACCUCUGUUCUUGUUCCAGCUUUGACAUAUUCGCUGUUGCCUUAUUUCUUGUUGCCUCUUCCACUUGUAAAAUGUCUUUCACUUUCUGUUUAGAUUAAAGCUAAACUAAAUCUAUGGCUUUAAAUAAAUUAAGACUUUAAAUUCUCUAGCUUAAUGUAAAUGAAGUAGUUUCCCUAUUUGAACAGUUGCCUAGUGUGUUUCUAGAACUUUCUAGAACACUCUACCAUGGGCCCUCUGGUUGGGAGAUGCAGCCAUCACAGCUCCUCAAAUGACACUGUUUUGAAUACAUUUUAAAAUCCUUACUGUUCCAAGUUGUUUGGGGGUUCUAUUUUACUGCAAAGAACCUAAAGGUUAUAGCAUAACAAGGCACCUUCUUAAGUCUUGCUUCAUAUCAACAUUUAGAGAGAAUUUUUAAAGUAAAUCUGAAGCAAGUCCAACUUCUAGACACUUGGGAAUCUGACACAUUUAAGAACCUUUUUAAAAACAUAGUUUCUCUUUCUGAAGAUUAUUUUCUCUCAAGGGUAAGACUGCUCUUGUUUUCCAAUCUCUUGCUAGAUACUGCAAAUGAGGGAAAAGCAUUAUUUGUCUCUCCUUUCCUCUUCCCUGUGAUUCUUUUUUCAGUCAGUUUUGCUCCUAGGUUCAUAUGGCAUUACUUCCCUUUCACAAGCAACAGAGUUUUAUGGGGUAAAAAUACCUAAUGAUUCAUGGAUCUGAAAUGUCUCUGCCUUCUCAGUAAUUGCUAAGCCCAGUAACUGGAACUGCAAAUGGACACAACCUUUAUCCUUUCUAUGGAAUAGGAGGCCAUCCUCUUGAGCUGAAGUUCCAGAAGAGCAGUUAAUGUUGAAGAAAAACUGAACUCAACUCAGCAAUGAAGGACUGUAUUCUGAAGAGUAACACAUCACAAAGUUCAAUGUGAUUGUGCCAAACAUGUUAGGUGCUUAUUUGGGGUCAUGCUAGACCUUUAUCAAGUAACUGGAAAACUUUCUUGAAGCCACAGUCUCAUAGUUAGUAGGAAGAUAAAUGGUGGGGAAGGGGGAGAGAAGCUGUAAAACAAGUAUUUGGUGUUAUCAUUGAAAAUCUAAUGUCUGCAGUAUUUUUCUCCUCAUAACCUUGGAAACUCUCCCAGUUCAUUUCCAGUCAUAUUGUUAGCCAAGUUCUGAAGGAUUUGUUCUUGCCAAAAUGAGUUUCACUUUGUUAUGUUCAUGUUGGUUUUUUAAAUGUUGUCUCUUGACCCCUAAUGCUCAGGUUCUUGUGGGCGUUAAUCAACCAUACAAUGUUACCUUUGAGUAGAAGAGGAGGAUGACUGCUCAGGAUCUAAACAAAUGGUGGCCUCAUGGACCUUUAUUGAUCAGCCCCAAGUAGUCCAAGCUAAAGUCCUGUGGUUUUAUUUUUAAUGGUAAUAGCUGAUUAUGUAUGGCAUAAUUUUCCAUCUGGCUCCCUACUCAGUCGUUAUAAACACAGACCUGAAAUAGUAUUUUAUGUGUCCAAAUACCUGAAUGUGCUAAACUGGAGGCAAUUAUUUCUAGGUAGUUGAAUUUUUGAAAGUAGAAAAAUUUUGAAAGUGAUGAUCAGCCACACAACUGUUUUGUACAUACUUAUUUUCUUGUGCACUUUUUUCUGUAUGCAAAUAAAGCUAUAAAUUUACUCCUUUCAAUAAACUGGAAUGGCAGAA